AUCUAACUAGCUUUUUUCCUUUGCUUUGAAGAAACAAAACGAAGAAGAAGAAGAAGAAGAAGACAUGGGUCGAGCCCCUUGCUGUGACAAAGCUAACGUGAAGAAAGGACCAUGGUCACCUGAAGAAGAUGCUAAACUCAAGGCUUAUAUCGAACAGUAUGGCACUGGAGGCAAUUGGAUUGCUCUUCCUCAGAAAAUUGGCCUUAAAAGAUGUGGGAAGAGUUGCAGGCUGAGAUGGCUGAAUUAUUUGAGGCCAAACAUUAAGCAUGGUGGAUUCUCUGAAGAAGAAGACAACAUCAUCUGCAGUCUCUAUAUAAGUAUUGGAAGCAGGUGGUCCAUAAUUGCUGCACAACUGCCUGGGAGAACUGAUAAUGAUAUCAAAAACUACUGGAACACCAAAUUAAAGAAGAAACUACUUGGGAGGCACAAACAAUCUAACAACAUCCAUAGGUUAUCGUCCUCCAAUCAAGACCCUAAUGAUCAUCAGCCCACUGGCUCAGCCUCCGAUGAUAAUCAAUUCUCUCCGGGUUUGAGCAACUCGGCGUUGGAACGACUCCAGCUUCAUAUGCAGCUUCAAGGUCUUCAGAACCCUUUCUCUUUCUAUAACAACCCAGCUUUAUGGCCUAAGAACAUUCACCCCUUGCAAGACAAGAUGAUCCAAAGCAUGCAGACUGCUGCCUCCAAUGGAAACCCUAACCUUCUUGUGCAGCCUCUCUUGCCAAACCCUCAGCCUGCAAAUGAACAAAGCGUUGAUGAUCUCUAUGAUCCAGAAAGUUUCAAAGCCAAGGGGAUUGAAGUGCUAGAUGAUUCUUUGGAUAGAAUAUCUCCAUCGGAUGGCUCAGUUCCCUUUGGAACCGGAGACAAUUUGAUGGACUCAACAAUUGUGUCAAAGGGAAAUGGAAAUAAUGGUGAUGUUCAAGCAGUUUCGAAGUUGCAGGACGAGCUGGACGAGUUUCUUAAUAACAAAACAGCGGGUUAUCCCCAGGAAGAACAAAUAUCUGAUCAAGUACUGGAUUGUUUCAAGGAUAUGAAUGGUUCAAAGGACAGCUUGAUGUGGUUGCCGACCGAGUUCAAUGCAAAAUCAGCAUCUUCCAGCUCUUGGAGUUCAACUUCACUCCUUCAUUCCAAUGGGGUGCUUCAGGAUUAUGAAUUAGGUUACCCUAUGUAGUGAGAGACAAAAUCAAAUGUAGGGACUGGUUUACUCUUUAAGCUUAUUUGUGAUGAACAUAAAGACUGGGAAGACUGCUGGGUUUCAUGCAAAAGAUAUCAUGUAAAUUCUGUCAAUAAUAACGUUAA